GGGUCGGCGUCCGGCGCCACGUCCGCAGCCAGAGGCCGCUGCCGCCGUCAACGGUGUCUUCUGGCUCCACAGCUUGAGGAGGCGUCUCCGGAGCCCGCAACCGCCCGGGGCAGUGCCAGCAGCUCAGGCCUUCUUGUUUCUGCCUGCUCCCUCCGCCCGGCUCCAGGCGGCGGCCCCCGAUCCUGGCGAUCAUGAAUCAGGCAGAUAAAAAUCAACAAGAAGUCCCAUCUUACCUAAGUGAUGAACCACCAGAAGGUUCAAUGAAAGAUCACCCACAGCAGCAACCAGGCAUGUUGUCCCGUGUGACCGGGGGUAUCUUCAGCGUUACAAAGGGAGCUGUUGGUGCCACUCUUGGUGGUGUGGCUUGGAUUGGUGGGAAAAGUCUGGAGGUGACCAAAACAGCUGUUACAACGGUGCCUUCAAUGGGAAUAGGGCUGGUGAAAGGGGGCGUGUCUGCUGUGGCCGGAGGUGUUACCGCGGUUGGAUCUGCUGUUGUGAACAAAGUGCCCUUAACAGGAAAGAAGAAAGACAAAUCUGACUAAAACAUGGAGAUGCGCUUGUUCUCCACAGCAUUAUGAUGCCAGUGGCAUUGAAUUGCUAAAUUACGGACCACACUAAGUCAACUGUUUUGGACGUUUAUCUUCUUAAACUGCUGUGUUGAAAGUAUUGAUGACUGGCUUUCAUCUAAAAAGAAGAGACCAAUACUAGCACAGUGUAUGAAGGUUUCUCAUACUUAAAUUCCAGCUUUUUAUCUGGUAAAAUGUUACACUUAUUCAGUUGUAACUGAAGAUAUAUUUGAGUAUUUACUAUGUCUUUUACUUUAACUAAAAAUGUGAAAGUUGAAUUUAGUAGAUGAUCUUUACAGUUCCAUGUGUAUAACGUGCCAGGUAACUCAUCUGCCCCUUAAGAAGGGUAACUUUGACCUACAUAAACUGUAAUUUUGAUGUGCCUAAUAGUUUCAGAUGUCUUUGUUUUCUUAAUAAUCCUAGUUGAUUAGGCCAAGAGGCAUUCGUUUCUUAUUUAAGCUGGUAAAAGUAGCAGGAUUUAGAGAAAUUUAAAAGAUAAAUGGUUUUAUGAUCCUGAGUGUUAACCAUCUUUUGUUAGACAUGCGUAUUAAUUUAAUCAAUGCCUUAUAAAACAUCUUUUCUAAUACCCUGAAUAUGUGCAGUUCUUAGAAUUAUAUAUGGAUUCUCUUAAAAGUUGUUUAUGAAAAAUUAGUUUUCCCUAAGAACCUCAGGAGUGAUAGAAUAAAGGCAUUUCUUGCUCUUAGCAGAUAAGAUAGUGCUUGUUAACUUUCUGUUAACUGUCAGUAGUUAUAACCAAACUAUGCUUCAGCCUGGGUUCAUGCUCCAUCGUCCAUACACCUCACAGUGCCUAAGGAACAUUUCUUUGCUGGUCAGAAGAUAUGUUGGUAAAGUUUCAGAUUAAGGAGAAACAAUCUUAAAUUCUUAAAAAUUACCUAGCACAUCCAAUAAAAAGAAUUCUUCCCACCUAUUUUAUCUCUAGGAUGGCUUAAAUUAUUAGGGGUACUUCUUUUAAAAAAAAGAUAGUAAAAGAACCACAAAUAAGUGGGGUUGACUUUUAAAUUGAAUGAAAUGGGCUCCAUAGAGUAGUUUUGAAUGUAAAAUAUUUAAGUGCUCAAUGGUUUAUAGACUUUUAAAACCUUAUCGUACUCUCCUUUAAAACAACUGUCGACUUUGUAUCAUCUUCCAAGUCAACUUCAG